UCGUUCCUUUAACCAGAGUGCCCUGAUCUAGGCUGCCGGUUUAUAUACAAUAAGGUACCACAUCAAAAUGAUAUGUUUGGAUGACUUUGAGAAGUAUGCACGAGACAAUCUUCCUCGAAGUGUCUUUAAUGUUGUCAGUUGUGGUGCAGAUGAUCAACAGACCCUCCAUGACAAUCGGAAUGCAUUCAAAAGAAUUCGCAUCCGUCCCAGGGUUUUAAGAGACGUUUCCAAGAGAGAUUUAUCAGCAACCAUUCUUGGCCAGCAUGUACCAUUUCCUUUUGGUAUAAGCCCAUCAGGCCUUCAUAAACUGGUGUGCAGUGAUGGGGAAACUGCAACAGCAAGGGCUGCAUCUUCCGUGGGCGUCAUAAUGAUUCUUAGCAGCUACUCAAACAGUAGCAUCGAGGAAGUUACAAAUGCAGCACCCACCGCCCAUCUUUGGCUUCAAGUUUACAUCUUCAAAGAUCGGGAAAUAACAGCAGAGCUAGUACAUAGAGCAGAGCGGGCUGGUUAUAAAGCCAUCGUGGUUACAGUCGACACUCCAUAUGCUGGCAACAAAAUAGAUGUAAAUCGAUAUGGUGGAUUCAACCCCCAAGUCAGAUUGCCAAACUUAGAGUCAAGUUGUCUUCGACCUUUAUGCGACUCGUUAGAGCUUUCAGCAUCAGUUACUUGGUCUGAUAUAACAUGGAUUCAAAGUCUCUCAAGUCUACCUGUCGUUGUCAAAGGAAUCAUGUCAGGAGAUUGUGCGAGAGAAGCAAUGGCGGCUGGGGUGGAUGGUAUAAUGGUGUCUAAUCAUGGAGGAAGACAACUGGACGGUGUUCCAGCAAGCAUUGAUGUGUUACCAGAAGUCAUUGCUGAAACUCAAGGCACUAACGUAGAAGUAUACUUGGACGGUGGAGUCCGCCUUGGUACUGACGUCUUGAAGGCACUAGCUCUAGGAGCCAGGGCAGUGUUCAUUGGACGACCUAUAUGGUGGGGUCUAACCUACAAAGGUGAGGAAGGAGUGAGGCAAGUACUUGAUAUUCUCCGAGACGAAUUGAGUCUGGCCAUGGCCCUUUCAGGUUGUGCUUCAGUGAAAGAUGUCAGUUCAUCCCUACUGGUUAGAUGCCCUACCAGUAACCUGUAACCGUCAGACCCUUCCUCUUAUAACCAGGGCCCAAUUUCAUAGCGCUGCUUAACAGUAAGCAAAUUUGCGUGCUUACUGUAGCAGAAAAAUUUGCUU